AUGUCCGACAGCGAGCUCGAUGCAAAGCCGGCGUAUUCGUGCCCGAUAUGCCACAAGCGGUACAAGCGGAGCGGCCACCUCGCCCGCCAUGUCGCCACCCACAGCAUCGCGAGGCCGUUCUCGUGUUCAUGGUGCGGCAGCUCGUAUCAACGCGCUGACGUGCUCCGCCGCCAUUCUCUGACUUGCCUGGGCCGCGAUGCUCUUCCUGGCAAGGCCACUGUCGCAUCGCGCCGGCGUCGGGCUUGUGACUCCUGCGUCAGGCAGAAGAAGGCCUGCACUGACGGCCUACCAUGCAGUAACUGCCGCCGCAAGUCCCUCGAGUGUAUCUUCUCCCACCUGACCGAGCAGGUGGGGACCAUGCCUGGCCAAGCUGGAUGCUCGCUGGACCUGGACAACAACCCUGGGGGCAGUCAAACCAUGGCCCUGCCUGACGCCAAUCCUCUGAUGCCUCCUGUGGCGCCUCCUGUGGUGCCUCCCUUCGCCUUGGGCGAUACCUUACCCUUCGCAUAUCUCGGCAACUCUCUUUCCACCUCUGACCUUUUCGCCUGUGGCCAUGCCAACAACGAAAAUUGGCUCAACUUUCUGAACUUGGCGGCCGAUACGUUGCCACCAGACUUGCCCGAGCCGAACGACUACUCGUUCCACUUCCUAGACAACUUCACUAGCAGGACUGGGCUGGUUGAAUCAUUUGACUGUGGGACUGAAAUGCAGCGCCACCAAGUUGUCUCGGUAUUCUUGCAAGCCUUGACGAAACCAACCAUUGGACUACCUGUGACAGAUGCUGAUCUGACAUCAACAAGCCCAACUGCGCUCGACACCCCAAGGCUCCAAGACAACCUGACCCUGAAAACCUACGAAAUCCUCCUUCGAGUCAAGGAUGUCAUCACAAAGAAGCCCAGGAACAGCUCCGUCACGCUGCAGUGGUCUACUGGUUUAGAGCAGCGCUGCCUGCAGUUCUUUUCGCCAAACAACAUCAGAAAGUUCCUGGCCCUAUAUUGGGAAAUAUGGCAUCCAAAUGUCAAUUUUGUUCACCGACCAUCUUUUGACUCAGCCAGUGCUAAGCCGACGCUUGUUGCGGCCAUGAUUCUGAUUGGAGCCUCCGUCUCACCGGAUGUUGUUGAUAUUGAGCAGGCAAAGCAAUGGUACAACUGCAUUGAGGAAAUGGUCUUCACUGAUGAAGAUUUCUGCAGUGAUUGCCGAUUUACUGAUGAUACGACUCCUUGGAUCCCAAGUCGCAACAUGCGCGAAAUCGAGGCUUUGCAGGCGGCAUACAUGGUAUGCCUUUAUCAGAACUGGGAGGGGACAGAUGCUAGCAAGCGACGAAUUCGCCGAUAUCGCUUCAGCACCGUUGUGUCGGUGGCACGAGAUAUUGGCAUCAUGUCUGCUAGACAUGCAGACUACAGUAUGGUGAGCCUGUACGAGUUUGAUUGGAAAGACUUUGUGUCAAGGGAACAACUCAUACGAACCUUCCUCUGGAUCUUCCUACUUGACAAUGCGUUUGUUAUAUUCAACAACUUGCCUCCUAGGAUGGUCAUCCGAGAAAUGACCAUGCACAUGGCUUGGCCAGAGGCUCUAUUUCAGGCAGCCACUUCUGACGAGUGUGCUCAACAACUUCAGGUUUGGCUUAGACGGUCCGUCUUGACUAACAUGACCGUCCGCGAUGCAGUGAACAUCUUUUGCAACUGCAACAUUGAGCCAGAUACUCGGGUACAGUUUGCGGAUCUCGGACCUCUCAAUCUGUUCACAAUUGUUUCCGCCUUCCACUCUCUAUUAUUCCUAAGGCAAAAUGCCUUCGCUACUGAAGAUUGCACAACGAUCCGCAACGCUCUCACGAUUUGGAAGUCGGUAUGGGAAAUGUAUACGGACCAACUUUCGUGCAGUCCACCACAUGCGAUGGUAAAGAAAGAGAAUUACUCUCCAGGGAUCAAUAUGUGGAAGCGAAUCGGGUUCAUGCGCCACUCCCCCGAGUUUUGGCUCCUAGCAACGGUCGUGGUAGAUCGCAUCUCGGGCACUUCAGACAUGCGGUGGGGAAUGGGGACGGCCAUGGUGGGCGACAGCGGCAAUGGCAGCGGCACAUUAGCCGAGCCGAUACUUGCAGUUAUCGACCAGACAAGCAUGCGUCAGGUCAAUGACCUAAUCACAGAGUUCCAAAAUAUGCCAAAACGGGACGUCCACCUGCAGCUCCAGAAGUGGGCAAAGCAGUACGGACCGGUGUACAGCCUGAUACUGGGUACACAGACCCUUGUGGUGCUGUCGAGUGAUCGGGCAGUCAAGGAUCUGCUUGAUCGCAGGAGUAGUCUGUACUCGCACCGGCAGGAAAUGUACAUUGGUCAGAAGUUGGCCAGUGGUGAUCUUCGACUGCUUAUGAUGGGUUAUGGUCCAACUUGGAGAUCGUUCCGCAAAAUGGUACAUGGGCUUUUGAAUUCCCAAGUGUCAAAGGAGUACGUGCCGUACCAGGUUAUGGAGAAUAAGCAAAUGCUUCAUGACAUGGUUGUCCAACCAGAACAGUUCCUAGGCAACAUUCGACGGUAUUCCAAUUCUCUCACAACGACCAUGGUGUUUGGCUGGCGGACACCCAUGAACAAUGACAAAAAGUUGAUCCAGCUGUUUGAAGGCUUCUCCGAAUUCGCAGACCUCAACCAGACUGGUAUUGCUGCUCUCCUCGACUCCUUCCCAAUGCUGCGGAAACUCCCAGAGUUCUUUCUGCCCUUGCAGCAGAAAGCUAGAGACCUACACCAGAAAGAGAAGGCUCUCUACUUGAGCCAUUGGCUCAGGGCUAAAGAAGAGGUUGCAAACGGUACCAUCAAGCCAUGCUUCUGCAUAGGUCUGACAGAGGCACAAAAGAAAGAUGGCUUUUCCGACCAGCAAGCCGCCUACAUCUCUGGUACGUUGCUUGAGGCUGGGUCUGAUACCACGUCCAACACGCUCUACGCCUGGGUGCAGGCGAUGCUUUUGUACCCCGAUGUCCAGAAGGCGGCCCAGCAAGAGAUAGAUGAUGUUGUUGGCGAUGAUCGCCUGCCGUCUAUUGAUGACCAGGACCGUCUUCAAUAUGUGCGCAUGUGCAUGAAGGAGACGCUCCGCUGGAUGCCAACAACCAUCCUCGGUGCCGUUCCUCACGCUGUGACGGAGGAUGACAUUUAUAACGGCUUCUUGAUUCCCAAGGGUGCUGGCGUUCUCAACAAUGUAUGGUCCAUCCACAUGGGUGAGGAUCGUCAUCCAGAACCCCGUCGAUUCAACCCCGAACGAUACCGAUCUGACACCCUCAGCCUGGGCGACUCAGCCGCUAGCGGCGACCCCGCCAAGCGCGAUCAGUUCACCUUCGGUGCCGGCCGACGCAUAUGCCCUGGUAUUCAUGUUGCCGAGCGCAGCUUGUUCCUCGGCAUCUCUCGCAUGCUUUGGGCCUUCAACAUCGAACCAGCUCUGGAUGAGGCCGGUGAGCCCAUCCUGCCUAACCCGGAUAAGUUGACUCAGGGAUUCGUGUGUAUGCCUGAGGAGUUCCCGGCCAAAAUUACACCGCGAUCCGAGGCGAAGAAAGCAAAGGUCAUGAAGGAUUGGGAAGAUGCUCGAAAUCAGUUCCUUGACCCUACGACGAUGCAGUGGUUGGAAACGCCAUUGGAGAAGCUUCCCGUUAGCAUGAGAAAUUGA